CAGCUUGAGUUCUCUCAUUUCCCACACCCCAAAACCGCUCUACAAGCCAAUCAAUCCUUCACAUUCUUCUUCUUCUUCCUUAAACCAAUUUCGAUAUCAUGGGUGUGAUCAGUUAUGAUAUGGAGGUUACCUCCUCAAUCCCGGCUGCCAAGAUGUUCAAGGCCUUUGUCCUUGAUGCGGACAACCUCAUUCCCAAGAUCUUGCCACAAGCAAUUAAGAGCGUUGAAAUCAUCCAAGGAGAUGGUGGAGUUGGAACUGUCAAGGUCAUCUCUUUUGGCGAAGGCAGCCAAUUCAAGAGCGUCAAACACCAAGUUGACGGGCUUGACAAAGACAACUUUGUCUAUAGUUAUAGCAUCAUCGAAGGCGAUGCUUUGAUGGGUGUGCUUGAGAAAAUCUCCUACGAAAUCAAGAUCGAAGCUUCCUCAGAUGGAGGAUCCGUAUGCAAGAACAGUAGCAAAUACCACACCAAAGGUGAUGUUGGGAUCACAGAGGACCAAAUCAAGGGUGGCAAAGAAAAGGCCUUGGGAAUGUUCAAAGCUGUUGAGGCCUACCUCUUGGCUAAUCCGGAUGCCUACAACUAAAUACAGCCUUAAUCUGUAUACUGAAGUAUAUGGUUUCAUGAGUGUGCCUUUGCAUUAUUACUUAUACGUGUGCCUUUGCGUUAUCUUUUUUUCGAUGCCUUUACUUAUACGUGUGAAUAAAAGAAUCUUGAACUGCGGGGAAAAAACUCCAUUGAGGUUGUAAUCAUCCAGUUGUUUGUACUUUUUUUUAUCUGAUUGAAGUGUUCAGUUUCUUUUGAAUUACAAAUUUCCAUGCUCCAUUUAAAGGA